CCCUAAGUUUCGCUUUCCAUUUUCGAUCUCAGCAGAGCCCAGCGGCAUCCGGGCUGGGCUAAAUAAACCAAGCAAACCCAGGGGGGCUGCCCUCCGCAGGUGGUGCAGAAUGGAGCUGCGACCCUACCAGUGGGAGGUGAUUAUGCCUGCCCUGGAGGGCAAGAAUAUCAUCAUAUGGCUGCCCACGGGUACUGGGAAGACGCGGGCAGCUGCUUAUGUGGCCAAGAGGCAUCUGGAGACUGUGGAUGGAGCCAAGGUGGUUGUAUUGGUCAACAGGGUGCACCUGGUGACCCAGCAUUGUGAGGAGUUCAGCCGGAUGCUGGACAAACGCUGGACCAUCACAACCCUGAGUGGGGACAUGGGGCCACGAGCUGGCUUUGGCCACCUGGCCCGGCACCAUGACCUGCUCAUCUGCACAGCUGAGCUGCUGCAGAUGGCGCUGACAAGCUCUGAGGAAGAGGAGCACGUGGAGCUCAAUGCCUUCUCCCUGCUUGUGGUGGACGAGUGUCACCACACGCACAAAGACACUGUCUACAACAUCAUCCUGAGCCGGUACCUAGAGCAUAAACUCCAGAGGACACUGCCCUUGCCCCAGGUGCUGGGUCUCACAGCUUCCCCAGGCACUGGCGGGGCCUCCAAGCUCGAGGGGGCCAUUGACCACAUCCUGCAGCUCUGUGCCAAUCUGGACACGUGGCGCAUCAUGUCACCCCAGAACCACCGCCCCCAGCUGCAGGAACACAGCCCCCAGCCCUGCAAACAGUAUGAUGUCUGCCAAAGGCGCAGCCAGGACCCAUUUGGGGACAAGCUGAAGAAUCUCAUGGACCAAGUCCACGACCAUCUGGAGAUGCCCGAGUUGAGCCGGGACUUCGGGACGCAGAUGUACGAGCAGCAGGUGGUGGAGCUGAGCCAGACUGCGGCUGCGGCGGGGCUCCAGCAGCGGCGGGUGUACGCGCUGCACCUGCGGCGCUACAACGACGCGCUGCUCAUCCACGACACGGUGCGCGCCGUGGACGCCCUGGCCACGCUGCAGGAUUUCUACGACUGGGAGCGUGCCACUAAGACGCAGGUCCUGGAUGCCGAGCGCUGGCUGCUGGCGCUGUUCGAUGAGCACAAGAAUGAGCUGGCCCGCCUGGCAACUUGUGGCCCAGAGAACCCUAAACUGGAGAAGCUGGAACAGAUCCUUAAGAAGCAGUUCAGGAACGAGAACCCCCGGGGCAUCAUCUUCACCCGAACCCGCCAGAGCGCUCGCUCCCUCCUGCUCUGGCUGCAGCACCAGCCUGGCCUGCAGACAGUGGACAUCCAGGCCCAGACACUGAUUGGGGCUGGGAACAGCAGCCAGAGCACCCAUAUGACCCAGAGGGAACAGCAAGAAGUGAUCCGUAAGUUCCGGGUCGGCACCCUGAACCUCCUGGUGGCCACGAGUGUGGCGGAAGAGGGCCUGGACAUCCCCCAGUGCAAUGUGGUGGUGCGCUAUGGGCUCCUGACCAACGAGAUCUCCAUGGUCCAGGCAAGGGGCCGUGCCCGGGCUGGUCAGAGUGUGUACUCGUUUGUGGCAACUGAGGACAGUCGGGAGCUGCGGCGGGAGCUGACCAAUGAGGAGCUGGAGGCUCUGAUGGAACGGGCAGUGGCUGCUGUGCAGGAGAUGGAUGAGGCUGAGUACCAGGCCAAGAUCCAGGAUCUGCAGCAGGCAGCCCUGGUCAAGCGGGCAGCCCAGGCGGCCCAGCGGGAGAGCCAGCGGCGGCAGUUCCUGGCGGACGAGGUGCAGCUCCUCUGCAUCAACUGCAUGGUGGCUGUGGGCUAUGGGAGUGACCUGCGGAAGGUGGAGGGCACCCACCACGUCAACGUGAACCCCAACUUCUCGAUCUACUACAAAGUCUCCCCGAAGGCUGUGGUCAUCGACAGAGAGUUCAAGGACUGGAAGCCUGGGGGCGCCGUUAGCUGCAGGAACUGUGGGGAGUCCUGGGGUAUGCAGAUGAUCUACAAGUCUGUGAAGCUGCCAGUGAUCAAAGUCCGCAGCAUGCUGCUGGAGACCCCGCGAGGGCGGGUCCAGGCCAAGAAGUGGUCCCACGUGCCCUUCCCGGUACCUGACUUCAACUACCUGCAGCACUGUGCCCAGAGCCUGUCGGACCUCUCCCUGGACUGACCACCUUGUCGCUGCAGUGCUCAGCUCAGGCUGCAGGGGGCGGGAGAGUCCGCAGCAGCCACCAUCUUCCCCUGGGCAAAGCCUGGGUCCAGGCCCCUCCUGCCUGAGUCACCAGCUGGGGGCACCAUGCUGACCAGGUACAGAGGAACCCUGGGCGCCCAGGCGGGCUUGGGCCCCCACCCUGGUGAAGCACAUCUCAGCCCCAGACCCCACUCACACCACACAGACCCUUUCCUACGCACUGGAUGGAGGGGAGACUGAGGCAGGAGAAUGGCCACACUGUACUAGGAAUCACCAGUUUCUCUCGGCCCCUCGAUAUUCCUUCCCUGCGAAGGCCACUUCUAUUUUUUGAGGCUCCCCAUAAAUUAAAAGUAAAGAAAUGGGAAAUUGGUGUAGACAACAUGUGGUAUUUGAAAAACAGAUUUGUUGAGGUAUAAUUGACAUAAAAUAAACUGUACAUAAAUAUUUA